AUGGCGUCUCUCAAGGAAAACUUGCAGUUGGAAGAACCACUUCUCAAGGAUUCAGUUCUACAUAGAGGGGACCAAAUUGUUGACAUUAAAGGAACUCCAACUCCUACAACGAAGAAUCGUACGGGCAGUUGGAAAGCAUGCAAGUUUAUCUUAGUGACUGAAUGCUUCGAGGAGCUAGCGUACUACGGGAUCCAGUUCAACCUGGUGACUUUCCUCAAGACGAUAUUGCGGCAGAGCAAUGUCUCGGCAGCAAGAAACUACACCAACUGGCAGGGGACUUGCUAUAUCGCUCCCCUCGUCGGAGCUAUCGUGGCAGACUCCUAUCUGGGAAGAUACCGGACGACGCUGGCCUUCUUCGCAGUCUACCUGAUGGACGCCUUGUCGUCGUCUUCGUCCCAGUCCGCCGUCUUCUUCCUUGGCCUGUACAUGAUGGCCAUCGGAGCCGGCGGCAUCAAGCCCUGCAUCUCCUCCUUCGGCGCCGACCAGUUCGACGACGGCGUCCCGGCCGAGAGGCUCAAGAAGAGCUCCUUCUUCAACUGGUUCUUCUUCUCCAUCUACAUCGGCAGCUUCGUCUCCGGCACCGUCGUCGUGUGGGUGCAGGACCACUGCGGGUGGGUCAUUGGCCUCUGGAUACCGACCCUGUUCAUCGCCUUGGCUAUCGGGAGCUUUUUGCUGGGCUCCAGCUCGUACAGAGUGCAGAAGCCUCUGGGAAGUCCGCUCGCAAGAGUUUCCCAGGUUGUCGUGGCGGCGUUCUUGAAGCGGAAUGUACGUUUGCCGCGUGAUACUUCUCUUCUCUACGAGCUAACCGGGGAUGCGUCAAUGGCGGACGACAGUACCAAGAAGCUGCAGCAUACGCCGGUGCUUAGUUUCCUGGACAAGGCUGCAGUGAUCUCUUCAGCCGAAGAGCUUUAUUUUGAUCCAUGGAGGCUCUGCACCGUGACGCAAGUCGAGGAGCUCAAGAUCGUCAUCGGCAUGCUCCCGAUCUGGGCAACCGGGAUCGUCUUCUUCUCCGUCCUCGCGCAGUUCUCCUCGACGUUCCUAGAGCAAGGGAGGAUGAUGGACACUUCGGUCGGCGCGUUCGCCAUCCCUCCGGCGUCGCUGGCUUCCUUCGACGCCGUCAGCGUCAUCCUCUUCGUGCCCAUCUACGACAGGGUGCUCAUCCCCGCGGCGAGGAGGCUCACCGGCAACGAGCGCGGGUUCUCGGAGCUGCAGCGGUUCGGAAUCGGCCUGUUCCUGUCGGUCCUGGUCAUGGCGGCCGCGGCGGUGGUCGAGACGCGGCGGCUGGAGCUCGACCGGAUGGCGGCGGCGCCCAUGUGCAUCUUGUGGCAGAUACCGCAAUACCUCCUCGUCGGCGCCAGCGUGGUGUUCGCGUGCGUCGGGCAGUCGGAGUUCUUCUACAACGAGGCGCCGGAGUCGAUGCGGAGCCUCUCCACCGCGCUGGGGCUCCUCACAGUGUCGCUCGGGAGCUACCUCAGCUCACUCGUCGUGACGGUGGUGUCCACCGUCACCACGAGGGGCGGCGAGCCCGGGUGGAUACCCGAUGACCUCGACAAGGGUCACCUUGACCGCUUCUUCUGGCUCAUCGCUGCGCUCAGCUCGCUAAAUCUGGCGGUUUUCAUCUGCUGUGCCAAGAGAUACAAGUGCAAGAAUGUUUCUUAA